GUCACUGUCAAUGACGUAAAACAUCAGAGAGAAGUCGCAACAUCCAUAUUUUCUGGUAUCCAGGUGGUAAUCGAAAAUCGUUUAAAACUUUAACAAAGUCGCUUAAAUUACGUGCACCAAUCGUUCAUCAAUAUGCCAGCUGUACCAGGCAGUGUGUACUCCCACGGUCAAGGACCGAGCUGCUUCGAUCGAAUGAAAAUGGGCUUUGGAAUCGGUUUUUGCGUUGGGAUGGCUAGCGGUGCCCUGUUUGGUGGAUUCUCGGCAUUAAGAUACGGCCUUCGCGGACGUGAAUUGAUAAACAACGUUGGCAAAGUAAUGCUUCAAGGCGGCGGUACAUUCGGAACAUUCAUGGCAAUCGGAACGGGCAUUCGAUGUUAACGGUUGCCCGCAUUAAUCGAGUUUCAUAAAUUUUAGGUUUUGUAAAAAAUGGAAAAUAAAAAUCGCGUCAAAUCAAACGCAA